GGCAAGCGGACAAGAAGCGAGACGAGGGCAGAUGAUGAUCCCGCUCGCUCCCACCCACUGGUACGCCUAAUACUCUGCUGCGCUGUAAUAUGUGGCUGCGCUGGCCGCAGCAUUCGGGCGCACUUUGACGUCAACACUCGGGAAGGCGGCAAAAGCAAGGAUGGGUGGCAGGAGCGAAGACGGGGAAGAGCGGGGUGGAGUGAGCCAGACAGUGGGCUCAGGGCUACAGUGGCGGGUGGCCUCCGGGGCCUCAUGCGCAGCGGCAGCCACGCUAGGCGGCGCAGCUGAGCGUGCAUGAGCCUGCAGAGCUUCUUCGGGAUGUGCAGGAUGAGCUGCGUCAGCCAAUCCGUCGCCACCAGUAGCAGCAUCGUGCAGGACGGGAUCUUCAGGACGGAGACGUUCGCCAACAACGGCAGCGUGAUGCGGGACUCGUUCAGCGGGACGGGGUUGUGCGCCAACGGCAUGCAGGACGUGAUCGUCGGGAUGGGCAUGAAGGGCAGGCUCACCCAAUCGAUCCCAGCGUCGGCGCUCAUAGUCCCAGCAGAUACCCCACCCGUGGUCGACAGCUCCAUGUGGUUGGGCGUCGCGCGCUGCAUGAUGGGCUGCGGACGCCACUCCUGGCACCGGAACAGCACGAGCAUCGUCAUGAGGCGCGACAGCACGGCGCACAAGCUCAUCGGCCAGACCAGCGAGAGCCAGACUGCAGCAUCUGAGUUGGCGCAGAUCGGAGCGACGAAGGUGCGGCGCUCCAGGGACAGCCCAGGCAUCGGAACCGCCAUCGAACACUUUCCGAAGGCCCGCAGGGGCAGCACUAUCCGCACCAGCGGCAGCGUCUUGGACGUUCGCCUCCUGCGGCAGCAUCGUCGUGAGCAAAAGGAUGUACUUCGAGAGCAGACUGUUCGCCACACGCGACAACGUCGCCGUGAACUUGCUCGCCACCAGCGGCAGCAUCAUCAUGUUAAGCGCAAGCCUCGUAUGGCGGGUCGCUCUCCGAGGACAAGGGAGACUCGAACACGAGGACGAACCACGCGUCGAAACAGCGGAUGAAGGGCAUGUUCUGGAGUAGCGUCUUACGCCGCGCGACCCGAUGCCAUUCGCGGACAAGUGGACGGAGAGCAGCGAGAGUAUCGCCAGCAACACGAGUUCAGGCGCCGCCAGCAACACCGACAUGAAGGACGUAUUCAUCACGAAGACGGGCGCCAACAGCGGCAGCGGCAUGCAGAGACGGGUCAGGAGCGCCUGUGGCAAGCCGAGCAAGAGGCCAGUGGCAUGCGCCGAACGGGUUGUGGACGUGGGCCAUCGCCAGGUGCAUCACCAGCGUCACGUGGACGGGAGCCACUAGCGGCAGCGGCAUGCGGACAGGAUCCGGAGCGCCAGCGACAAACCGAGGAAGAGGCCCAG